CUCCACAAGUUCCGACGAACAACCCAGACCGACAGACAUGGCAGAGGAAGCUCCAGCAGCCGCGCCGGCUAAGGCUCCGGCCAAAGCCCCGAAGAAGAAGUCCGCUCCCCGGCCCAAGAAGGACGGACCCAGCCUCCCUAAACUCAUCGUGGCCGCCGUGGCCGAGUCCAAGGAGCGCAAGGGGAUGUCCCUGGCGGCCCUCAAGAAGGUGCUGGCCGGGAAAGGAGUGGACGUGAGCAAGGCCAACAAGCGCAUCAACACCGCCGUCACCAAGCUGGUCACCAAGGGGACCCUGAGCCAGACUAAGGGCACCGGGGCCUCCGGCUCCUUCAAGCUCGCCAAGGAGGAGUCCAAAGCCGCUAAACCGGCCAAGAAGGUGGUGAAGAAGAAGGCUCCCGUCAAGGCCAAGAAGCCCGCCGCUAAGAAGAGCGCAGCGGCCAAGAAACCCGCCGCAAAGAAACCCGCCGCAGCAGCAGCCAAGAAGUCCCCGAAGAAGGCUCCGGCCAAGAAAGCGGCCAAGAAGCCCGCAAAGAGCCCCAAGAAGGCCGCGGCCAAGAAACCCAAGGCCGCCGCCGCCGUCAAGAAGCCCAAGGCCGCAGCCAAGAAAAGUCCAGCAAAGAAACCUGCAGCCAAGAAGGCCGCAGCGAAGAAGACCAAGAAAUAAACACCUGCUUCAGCUUCACACGCAUUUCACUCACCAAAGGCUCUUUUAAGAGCCAACACUCAUUCUGCUAAAGAGCUCGUCCUUUACUUUGAUUUAACACAUA